UAAUGUUUCCAAUAAAGUCUGAAACGCAAAUUAGCGAGACAGGGUUUAAGUAAAUGAUGUUUUAACCAAACAAAACGCUGGUAUUAAUUUUAUUUGACAUUUUCAACAAAUCAUUCUUUUAACGAAACACAAGCAGAGAUAAAACAAACGAAGAUUAUUUCACUGUUCAUUGGAUUCAGCUGUAGGCAUUUUGUCUGCAUUGUUCACAUUUUGCUCCGGAAAUUAAUAUAAUAAAGAACAAUAAAACAAUUAAAUCUGCGGUAACUUGCUUGUGUUUUGUCGUAUGUGAUAUUGCUUUGAAAGAUCGCUUCACUAAAAACAGAGAUAACUUCAUUUUACUAAAAUGCGUAAGAAAAGACAUAUUGGAAUAACAUCUUUUAUCAUAACACUUUAAAAGUGGUUUAUAGACCAGAAAAAGCCUGUUUAGAGUCCUUUCUUAAAUAACCGAGUUACGGUUGUGAUAUUUCAUGGUAAUUUUUUUUUUUUAUUUAUUGAAAUAGCGCACGGAUUGUGCUGUUUUCUGUAAAACUGGAGUCGGUAUAAAAGUGCUUUUACAAGUUUAUUCUAUAGAGUUCGCAGAAUUGAACGGGAAUAUUUGUCUAUUACUCUCCAAAUUGUUAAAACAUGACAUGCGUCAAUUAUUUAACAGCGAGAAAUAAACAGUUUGUGUCAAGUUUCAAGUGAUCAAUUGUUAAGUGUCUCGGAUAUUUCCUAGCCACAUUCUUGACGGAUAUGGAUGUUGCCGGCGGUCGUCGGACUCGCUUUAACUAUUUGUACUACAAAUUCAGAUUGAUUGGUAAACAGUCGAGGCGAGUGGAGGACUGCCUGCUGAAAGACCCGUCACUAAGGGAGGAUCAAGUCAAAUUUCUAGACGAGAACGGGGACGGACGGAUCUCUAAAACAGAAAUAGCGCGGGCGUACCGACUGGCGGGCUUUAACCCGACCAAAGGAGAAUUGGAGAGUAUCGUGAAAGAACAUGACGAGAAUGAUGAUGGGUAUAUCGAUUUCGAGGAAUACUUUAAUGUAAUGCGUUCGAAAAUGAUAAAGGUUGAUUUCGAAAAAGAACGCAUGAAGACGGCGUUUCAGGUGCUGGAUACAAACAACGAUGGAUACAUCACAGCAGACGAACUUCGACACGCGCUGACACGUGCUGGAAACCAUUUUACGGAACGUGAGAUUGCGGACAUCAUUAGCCGAGCGGAUAAAAACCAUGAUGGAAAAAUAGACUAUAAAGAAUUUGUUGAUGCGGAAUUAUGCAAGUCGGUCUUCUGAAUCCAGCGACAAAAUACGGAGAUGUGUUUGUUCGGAUUUUUUUACGUGCAAUCCUGGAUGUUCCUGAAUGUUUAGUGUGGAUAUUUAUUAAACUUAACUUUCCAAUGAAAUGUUACAAUGAUGUAACGUACCUUAUAUGAUCAUCGUGUUGAUGUUUCAUUUCAAACCAAGCCCCUUAUUCACUAAUGUCUUGUGUUUGAGUAAAAGAUUAUUACGAACCAUAAACCAUAGUUCAGAAUCGAGACCGAUAACUGACUAACUUCAUUGUUAAGAACCCUUUGUAGGAGCAUUGAUAGUGAACACUGCUGUUUAUUGUUGCAUUUUAACAAUUUGCUUUACGGCAGGUUCCGUGUUUAGACUUGAGACUGUUAUUAAACAUAGAUCAAGAACAAUUUAUUAUUUGUCGCAAAAUCGGUCUGACUAGAGCAACCAAUGGUAAAUUUAAAUGUAUCUGUUACUAUUAACCUGUUCUUCUAUGAGAGGGACAUAUUUUGUCAAAAAUAAAUAUAUUAAAAUGGUUUUGAAACAUCUAAUCAAUAGUCUUAAACUCUGACUUAAGACAUUAGCAGGUGUGGCUAUUGUUUUGCGAAAGAUGGUUCAAUCUUAAGAUUGUAUAGAAAUCUUUGAACUGUAUUAAUAAUGCUACUUAAAUGUUUUCUGUUUGAGGGCUGGUGUAAUACCUUUAUUGAAAAUACUGCAUAAUGUUGUGAUAUAACUUGCAUGUUAUGUUUACUUGUUUUGCUGUGGAGUGUAAAGUGAUUUGUGAUUUUUCAAUAUAGGCCACAUUUUGUGCAUAGCAAAGUUUAUCAAUGUCAACCCGUAAGAUGCUCAGAAAUGAUAAUAUCCAACCCACUGUCACGCGCGUAAAUUGGUAACGAGGCUCGCAGCCCAAGGGUCGGAUUUUUCAAUCUAGAACGAAACGAAAAAAUUGCCUACCUUUAAUCGUCAUGAUGCGUAGUAAUUUCAGAUCAAAGUUGACAUCAAAUAGAUCCUCUAAAAAUCACGUUUAUAACUUUUACUUAUUGUCAUCUUGCAUCCUAAUAAUUAUAAUGUAUUAACAUAUAUUUCGGCUAUAUUAAAAUGGCUUACAUUAUUUUCCAUAAACUACCCCAAAAAAGUAAAUAAAAGUGGCGCGUUUUUGCACAUGACUCAGCUUGCAUGGGGAUACCAUAACGAAUUUUCCAGCACGCCUGAUUUCACCGGAAAUGCACAAAAGGUGUGCCAGAACAUUCCACGGGUCAAUUAACAGUCAGCGUCGGUUAAGUUUGGUUCGGUUGCAAUCGCUUAAUUGUAUUGUUCACAAAGUAUAGAAGCAGUGAAAUAUGUGAUCUGUAAAAAAUAAUAAUGCAUAAUGUGCAUUGGUUUGAGGACCAUGUUUUUUUAGGUUGGCAGUCAAAUGUAUAAGACAAUUCGGCGUCAUAUUGCGAAACCUGUGAUAAAAGCUGUUAUGGAGAAAUUGAAAUAUCACAAACAUUGUGAAAUGUAUCAAGUCUAUUCACUGU